AUUGGUUGCUCCGAGGGGGAAUUCGGAAGAAAUCGAUCCAGCGAUGAUCACAAGUGGACAUAUCAUGGACAUGCACCACAAUGAUCGAUAUGAUUAUGUACGUGACAUCGGCUCCGGAAACUUCGCCGUCGCAAGGCUAAUGAUGGAUAAACAAACCAAAGAGCUGGUCGCCGUCAAGUACAUUGAGCGUGGUGAGAAGAUUGAUCAAAAUGUUCAGAGGGAGAUCAUAAACCAUAGAUCUUUGAGGCAUCCAAACAUUGUGAGGUUUAAAGAGGUCUUAUUGACGUCGACACAUAUGGCCAUUGUAAUGGAGUAUGCAUCAGGAGGAGAGCUCUUUCAACGAAUUUCUAACGCAGGGAGAUUCGGGGAGGAUGAGGCUCGGUUCUUCUUUCAGCAACUUAUAUCUGGUGUCGGCUACUGUCAUUCAAUGAAUAUAUGUCACCGAGAUUUGAAGUUGGAAAAUACGUUGUUGGAUGGAAGUCCUGCUCCUCGUUUGAAGAUUUGUGACUUUGGAUACUCCAAGUCUUCUUUGUUGCAUUCACAACCAAACUCAACUGUGGGGACGCCUGCAUAUAUUGCUCCAGAAGUGAUACUCAAGCAAAAUUAUGAUGGCGAGAUUGCAGAUGUGUGGUCAUGUGGGGUGACUUUGUAUGUCAUGCUUGUUGGGACAUAUCCAUUUGAGGAUCCUGUUAAGCCAAAGGAUUUCUCCAAGAUGAUACAAAGGAUUCUGCAGGUGCAAUAUGCAAUUCCUGAUAACAUUCCAAUCUCACCGGAAUGUCGCCACUUGAUCUCAAGGAUCUUUGUCCAUGAUCCUAAACAGAGGAUGAGUAUUACAGAGAUAAUGAAGCAUGAGUGGUUCGUAAGGAACCUUCCGAAUGAACUUAUAAAGGAGAAUAUGAUGAGUAGAGAAUACCAAGAGCCUGAUCAACCUAUGCAAAGUGUGGAGAGUAUCAUGCAAAUAAUCGCUGAAGCCACAGUUCCACUGCCUCCCCCUUUUAGGAAUGAUGAUGAUGGUGAUGAUUUAGACGAAGAUAUGGAGACAGAUUCCGAGUUUGACAUUGACAGUAGUGGGGAGAUCAUCUAUGCAGUCUGUUGAAAAAAGACCUAUCAGAUAUCAGAUUCAUGGUCCAGGACCAGAGCACAUAAAAGUGACCUUGUCGAAUGAUUAUGGUAUGUGAUUCUUCUAUACAAGUUUCUGCUGGAAAAUAUGGAGAGCCCUUAUUUCGAGUUUUUGCUACAUGUUUCAUUUUGUUUUUGCAACUGACAUGGUCUUUGUGUUUGUAUGUUGUUUAUGUUUUUCUCUUGAAUUUUGACAUCAAAUAACAACUU